CGGUUUACCAGUUAGUAUUGUUGUGAAUUUUAUUUUGGAAACAUGUUGAAGAACGCUGUUGCGCUAGUCACCGGAGGAGCGUCCGGGUUGGGCCGUGCCACCGUCGAGCGAUUCGCUCGAGCUGGAUCACGGGUGCUUCUAGCAGAUUUGCCCACAUCCGAGGGACAUACAGUUGCCACUGAGCUAGGGAGUAACGUAACUUUUGUGCCGGUUGAUGUAUUAUCUGAAGAAGAUGUCUGUAAAGCCCUUGAAGAAACUACGAGAUGUUUUGGAAGACUGGACAUAACCGUGAACUGUGCUGGGAUAGCAUUCCCGGAAAAACUAUACGAUUUCCAGAACAACGAACCACACAGUUUGGAUUCGUUCAAGCAAAUUUUGAACGUUAACACGGUUGGAACAUUCAACGUAAGUCGUUUGGCCGCCGGACUGAUGGGUAAAAAUGAACCAAACAGCGACGGACAACGAGGGGUAAUUGUGAAUACCGCAUCCGUUCUGGGAUACGAUGCCCAGUCAGGGCUGACAGCCUACUCGGCAUCUAAGGCGGCCAUCAUCGGUAUGACCCUUCCGAUGGCUCGUGAAUUGAGCGGCCAAGGCAUCAGGGUUGUUACCAUUGCCCCAGGAUUCUUUAAAACUCAAAUGACCGACUAUUUACCGGACAAGCUAGCAAAGUUUCUCGUCACUACAAUUCCCUUCCCAAAACGGACAGGUCUUCCAGAGGAGUUCGCUCAUUUAGUGGAAGCGGUUGUGCUGAAUCCGAUGGUCAAUGGAGAGGUUAUUCGACUGGAUGGUGCAGCGCGAUUCAAUGUAUGAUUUGUGGUGUAUCUGUUUGUCGGUAUAAACCGAUAAUUACAAAACAAUAGCUAUGGGAUUGUCGGUUUACAGUUGAAGCUUGUUACAAGUAAUAGGAAAAUGUAAUAAAUAUUUCAACUUUUGUUUUGAAA